AUGGCGAAAAAAUUGUCUCCGACGGGCUUCACCAAGGCCGUAAUGCGGUCUUUCAUGGCCGACUCUGGCUUGGAGCCGAGACUUCUUGGGCCACGGUUCCGGGUCCUCAGCGCAUCUCCCGGCCGAGUCGAUUUUGAGAUGGAUAUCCACAAGGAUCAUACGAAUCGCCUCCAAACUAUCCAUGGCGGUACCAUUGCGAGCCUCGUCGACCUCGGCGGGUCCUUGGCCGUCGCUUCCACUGGCCGUUUUGCAACGGGCGUUUCAACGGAUCUGAAUGUGACCUAUCUGGCUCCAGGUGGGCGGCCAGGCGACUUGCUCAAGGGCACCGCAAUCUGUGACAAAAUUGGCAAGACGCUCGCCUACACCACAGUAACCUUUACCAACAGCAAGGGGCAAAUCGCCGCCAGAGGCAGCCACACCAAAUAUGUCACAGGAACGAUGGGGGCCGACGGGCCAUACGUCGCCCCUCCCGAGUAUUCCGAUGUAGACUAG